AUGAUUGCCAUACUUAUCAAUUCAAGCCACUAUCAAACAUAAAAGGGUGCCAAAUUGAAUUGGAGAUUCAUCAAAAAUUUCAUCUUAUUGGUCCAAGAUUCGGAUAACCCAUAAGAUCCAAAUAAACUCAAACUUUUUAAAUUUGAUUUCCAGAAAAAUUAAGAGAUGGGGGAUAUUUAAAAUUUACAUGAUCAAAUAAUGCCUUACUUUAAUGAUGACUGGAGAAGAGCAAGAUUUCCCUUCUUAGCAAUAGUUGAUUGUAGUCAAAAUUAAAGAAAAUCACGUUUGCGAUCAAAUAGCAUGUUUCCUUAUGUGGAAUAUUUAGAAAAUAAAAAGAAACUCAUUAAUCCGAAUGUAUUUGAGAUGUAUGUCUAGGAAUUAGGUCGAUAUAAAAAUAGGGAUCAAUAUCAAAGAACCGUGUUCAUUUAGAUUGAAAAUUGGCAACAAAUUCAACAAGAGAGAAUCAUCGAUAACAUACUUGAUAACAUAAUUAUUUUUAUUUGGAAUGGGGGAUUCGACAAUAGGAAAUUAUAGUGA